UAUUUUAGUCAGUAAUUAAUUAUGAGCAACACUAAUAACACAAAUAGUUUAUCUGCUUAAAACUUAGCCAACACAUAGAUUCAGUCAUCUCAAUAAAAAGGCAUAAGUUUGUUGAAACCUAUUACACCUCUUGCAAGCCCAAGUGUUUUAUUUACUCCUAGCAAAUUGUAAUAGCAGUAAGUGAUAACUACUUUCAAGAACCAAAGCCUAACUGAUCGAGUAGUAUCUCCUUAAAUUUAGAUAGCUUAAAAUAACAUUAACUAAUAAGGAGGAACUGCAAAGAUUGUUGCCAGGCCAAGUCUUCCUCAUCAGAUUGCAACUUCACCAAAGCCAAGUGUAGGAAAUUUGUUGCAAACGACAGUAUAAAAUAAAACAUAAGAUGAAUCAGCAUAGAACCAGUAAAGCAACCAAAUUUAAAACAACUCAACUCUUAAUUAAUUUUAAGUAGUCUCUAUCACAUCUAGAAACAUCUCUCCUCAACAAAACACAAUCAGAUAAUAGAGAUUCUAUAGCCCUACCCCAUUAGUAUUAAAGGAAACAUCAAAUAUUAACGACUAACAGCAAACCAAGGACCAACAAAGCAGUCAAGUUCAAACUAUUUAUAAAGGCAUUCCUCAUCCUAGUUAAAAUUUAAAGCAGUAAUUACCUUAACAAUAUCCUCGCUUUUAACCUAGCGCUCCUUCAUCUAAUUCUGCAUCAAAGCAGACUACCUUGAACACAGAUAGAACUUAAAUUUAAAUCAAUUCUUUAGUUAGUUAACAAGCAAAUUUAGGAGAAAAAGGAUUGAUCUAAAAUUAAGUAAUCAGUUAGAGAUUAAUAAGUCCUCCUCACUAGCUAAACCCAGCUCUCAAGCCUUAACUAAAUAGUUAAGCAACUGUAAUUUCUAUAUAAAAAGGUAGCAAUAACUAGCAUAUGCGUUCACAAACCUAAGUAGCUUAGCAAGGAGUAACAUAAAUUUAAAAUAGCUUCACCCCUGCAAACAAUAUAAUAAUUUAUCCUCAAGUUUAAUAAUAUCAAGUAAAGCCAGUAGAAAAUAUUAUUUAAAAUAACUCUUAGUUGCAUUCUUAAUAAAAAUAAAGUAUCAGUGAAAAUCUAACUGGUUCAGAAAAUUAACAACUCGUUUCAAAAUAUUCAUAAGAUUUAACUCAUAGCAAUAAUGCAAAAAUUAUUCUAGUUAAUUCAUAAAGCAAAAAUUAUAUUGUAAGUAAUUUAAUUCACUCUCAAUCAUCUCCAAAUAAAGGAUUAAAUAAAGUACCAUUAGGAGAUAAAAACGUAAUAGAUCAAAAGAACUUAAAACAAAUUGAUUCAAGCAACUUAUCUCCAGAAGCUAAAAAGCUAUAUGAAAUGAUAGGCAAAUAUAAUAUAAGCAGCAAAGACAAUAGUUAAAAUAAUGAAAACAAGAGUAGCAAUAUUGUUUAAAAUAUUUAACGCUCUCAAUCUCCUACUGAAAGGUUUACAUUUGGUUAGAAAGAAAUAAAAAUUAUUUAGCCUAUUUCUUCCUUAUCUGUUUACCCUUAAACAAAGAUUAUUCCAACUUAAAUCCUCACAUAAUCCCCUGUACAUAUUAUUCCUAAUACUAGCUUAGUUGAUGCUUAGAAAAUGUUUUAAACUCCAGUUUCACAUUCUUUAGAUGCUAAACGAAACACUUCCACUCACAAAUCUGCCAAAUCAAGUCGAAGUGUAUCAUAAGAUAAUGAAAAUAAAAAUAAUUUAUCAAUUGUAAUUGAGGUAAACUCGGCAACAAAAAAUCGUCGUAUCAUAGAAGGAUCACCAGUUAGGUCUUAAAGCCCUGCUGUUAUUCAAGGUGGAUAACCUAUGAUAUAAAACUCUCCUGCAAUCAGAAAAACCCAUUACUACAAAAAAGGUAAUAGAACUUUAACACUUUAAGAAGUUUUACAAGAAAAGUAAAAAGAAGCUGAGGAAAAGCUUUAAACAUGCCCAAAUUAAGAAAAUUAAAUUUCGAAUAAGUUCAGCUAAAUCUCUCCCUUAAAAUAUGAUUCAAUCAUAGAAAACAACGAUGAUAGAAUAAACUAAAAUAAAAACUACUUAAGUUACAAUUAGAAUUACUAGUAUAGCACUGAAUCAAAUAAUAAUUAUUCAACUAAUUAGCAAAGUUCAGCAUUCAACACAAACUAUCAGUCUAAUUAACCUUAGAAUCAUUUAAAAAAAAACUCACAAAGUUAAUUUGCAGACUAAAAUACUUAAUUAUAAUUACAGUAAGAGUAAGUAUUAAAAUAAUAAAGAGAAAGCUUAGAAUAAUAAAAGAACCAAAUGAUUUAGGUAGAGAGAAAAGCAUAAAUAGACUCUUAUGAAACUAUUUUAAAAGAAGGAAAGUAGUAGGAAAUUGAAAUGAAGCAACAAUUUGAAAAAUAAUAAAGAGAAUUUGCAUAAAAAAUUAAGUUAUAAUAGGAAGAAUUCUAAAGGUAAUUAUAAAUUGAAUAGGAACGCAGGGCAUCUUCAUAAGAUUCAUAGCUUAAAGAAUCUUAAUUAAAGGAGUCUUAAUUAAAAUUAUAAUUAGAAAAAUAAUAACAUGAAUAUCUAGCCAAGAUUUAAUAAGAAUAACUAGAAUUUUAGAAGCAUUUUCUUGUUUAGUAAGCCGAACAGAAAUAGUUGAUAGAAUCUCAACUUAUUAAAGAAAGUUAAAUGAAAGAGCAAAAAUUAAAGGAACAAAUAGAGAGAUAGUAAUACGAAUAACAAAUCCAGUAACAAAAAUACUAAGAAGAAAAAUUAAGACUAGAGAGAGAAUAGUAGGAAUUAUAAAGGAACCUUUAGAACUAAGCAAAAGAAUUGGAAAAAAUAAAGUUGCAGAUUGAGUAAGAUAAGAAGAAAGAAGUUGAAGAAUAAUUGCGUAGAUAGCAAGAAAAUCAGUAGAAAUAAUUUGAUAAGCUAAGCUAGUAGUAGUAAAAUCUUAUUUUACAAGAAUAAGAGAUUCAAAGAUAGAAGGAGUUAGAAUAGAAAAAAUACAUAGAAUAGCAAUAAUAGUAAUUUUAGUUGAUGCUAUAAGCUCAACAGUAAAUGUCAGCAGAAGAAAGAAAGCAGUUCAAAGAAAUUUACAACUAGCAGUAAGAGGAGCUAAAAAAAUUAUAAACUCAGCAAUUAGAAUAGUAAAAGCAGUUUGCUGAGCAGCUUUAGUCAAUAAUUAAAUAGCACAACUCACAGUUGGAAAACUUAAAAAAAGAAUAGGACUAGUAAACCAAAGAUUUAAAGGAAAUGCUAUUAAAUUAAUCAAGAAGCUAGCAAGGAAGCCCCUAGAAUGCUAAUGAUAGCCUAAUUAUAUUUGAGAAGUUAAGAGAAGAAAAAGAGCAGUUGAUGAAAUAGUAGGUUGAGUAAGCACUCUAACUUGAGAGACAAAAGCAAGAACUUAAAGAAAAAGAAUUCAAGAUGAUGCAAGAGUAACAGUAAAUACUUCUUCAGUAAUAAGCAUAGCAAUUAGAAUUAUUGAGAAAGAGGUAAGCAGAAUAAGAAGAACAGUAGCAAAAACUUUAGGAAUAAAAAUAAAUACUAGAGCAUCAGUUUAAUGAAUAUAAGUCUAAAAGUGAAUCCAGUCCAAUGAAUAGCUAUGAAAUGUCAAACUCAGACAGAGUCGAAAUGUAAAUUUACGAUGGAAAAAAUAGAUAGACUCACGAUAAUAGAAGAGAAGUUGAAAUUUAAAGAGCAGUUGAAAUUCCCUAAGAGUGUUUUGAUAGUCAUCAACAAGAUGAAGAAGAAGAAAGAGAAAAGUAUUAAUUAUAAAACAAGCAAACCAUUAAAUAUAAAGACUAGUAACCAGCAGCAGGACAAAAGCAAGGAGUUCAAGAGAUAGCAGAGCUUUAUAGGGAGCUAGAAGAUUAAGGUUUUGAAAUAACUGACUAGAAUUGGUAGACAUAAAAGCGCCAAAAUUAAUAGUCAGAAAAUGGAGAUAAGAAAAAUAAACUCGCAGCAAAAUAAGGAUAUAAAACUCAAGAGGGAGAGGAGGAGAAUGCUGAAUAUUAAGAAUAAAUGAGAUAAAAGCAAUAAAGCACAGACAGAAAUACUGAAAAUCAGCGUAAUGGCGAUUACAUCAAUUUGUAUAGUUCAAGCAAUAAUAGUCGUGGUAAAUAAAUUACAGAAGACGAAGAAGCAAAUAGACGUAAAUACUAGCAUGAAGGUUAUGAAGAAACUUAUAGUUAGGAAGCAGCUGAAGAAGGAGAGAAUCAUAGAUAAUAAUAUUAGGAUGAACAAAACCAUAACAACAACUUUUAGGAUAAAUAAAGCAAAUCCAAUAAAAAUGCCUAGCUAUCUGAGUAACUCUUGUAAAUCGAAUAGGAAAUACAGAGACUCUAAUUCGAAGAAUAGCAAGCUAGAAGUUAAAAUAACUAAAAUGCAAGAUUAAAUAAAAAAAAUAAAAAUUUGCAUAAUCGCGAUGGAGUAGUUCCAGAAGAAAACGAAGAAGACUACUAAUCCAGCACUAAUAAAAAGAAAAAGAAACUCACUACUAAAAAUUAAUAAAUAAUAUAUGCAGAUGAAAAAAAAUAAAGGGGAUCACACAAAAUAUAUAAAAAUAAUCAGGUAGAAAAAUCUUCCAGCUACGUUCCAGGCUAAAGAUUGUAUGAAUAUGCUUUAGAGAAAACGAAAAGAAAGGAAGAGAUCAAAAAGCUAAUAGAUUAAGAAAGAGUAUAAAAAGAAAUUGAGUAAUGCACAUUCAAUCCUCGUCUUGUCUCAACAAAUAGAUACUUUGACGAGUUCCAUUCAAGAAAUGAUAAGUGGAUGAAACAAAAAGAAAUAAAUAUUGAUUAAAAGACUAAUUUCGAAAAAGAAAAAGAAGUGAGAGAGUGCACAUUCCAUCCAGAAUUUUAUACUCCAAACAAGUUUUCAUCUUAAUAUACAAAUGUUUCAAACGAUCCCACAUCCUUAUAUAAGCGCCAAAUGGAAUGGAAGAAUAGAGUUGAGGCUGAAAUAUAUAGAUAAAAAGAGGAAAAUGAAAUAAUGAUUAAAGAGAGAUCGAAUGAAAUAUUCAAUUCAGGUAGAUAAAGAAGCUAAAUGAUGAACAGUCCUCCAAAGAAUAGUGAAUAUGAGGUAGUGGGUUAAAUCAAUUAUAGUUAAAGAUUGAAUAAGAUUUUGAGCUCUUGCAGAAAGAAAAACUCUGGUAACUUUAAUGAAGACUACUAAUCUAUGGAUCAAAACUCGUAUUAGCAAUAUAACUAACAAAAUUAAAACUUUGGAUAUAACUAAGAUCUUCAAGAAUCUUAAGUUAAUUAAAAUAACUUAGAAAAAGGUGAAAACAUAAUCAAAAGUGUUACUCGUCCAAUUAAUUUAGAAGAAAACUAUGACUUAGUAAGUCAUAUUCAAGGCAUUAUGAGAUAGAGCAAUUACUGCAAAUAAAAUAUUGAAUUAGAUUAAAUGAUUGCUUAAUAGAAUAAACUUUAGAGAUCUUAGUUUGGAAAUUCCAAUAUUGAUAAGCGAUUUGAUUCUUCUAGUAAAAAAAAUAGCCACAAAGCUUCACUUCAAGGCUCAGAUUAUAUUAUUAGCAAAGAAGAAAUUAAAUAAAAGCAAUUCGAGAGAUUGAAUGAAGACAUAUAGUAAAAUAAACAAAUAGAGGUGACAAAGUAUCCUAUUUUGGCUGAAAGAAAAGAAUAUUCUUAAGUAAUAGGAAAUGUUUUCGUUUAAAAGAAUAAAUAUGUGUUAGCAUGCUAGGCUGAUCCUUAUUUAAACUAACCUUAACAUUACGUAAAUUUUAGUUUUGAUAAUUAACAGCAAUAGAAUCAAAAUUUAAUUGAAUAAUACCAGAAUGAGUAACUAAGCCAAUAGAAUUAAGAUCAAUAAAAGCAUGAAUAAAUGAUAAUUCAAUAAAAUAUAGAAGCUAAUCUCAAUUAACAGUAAUAAAAUUCAUAAUUAUAAGGAGGUAACUCCUCUGCUUAUUAUGUAGCUGAUAGAAAAUAUCAAGUUGUUCAAUAGCAAACUUAGCAAUAGGUACCUCCUUAAUUUAUAUAAGAUGAAAUAGAAAGACGUAUUUAAGUAAGUAAAACGUCUAAUGGAGAUGAAAUUGAGGAACUCAUCACCAAUGAAAACCACGAUGGUUUGUAUUCUUUACCAAACACUUUAUAAAAUACCUAACAUGAAAAUUAUGAAAGAGUGCAAAUAACUAAUGAAAGUGAUGAGGUUUUAUGA